AUGCGACAGGAAAUUCAACGUAGAAAAGAAUUUGAAAUUAGCUUUUCAAAAGAAUUCCAGUCAACAGAAAAUGAAUUCAAGACAAUGAUCCAGGCUGUUUAUGAUUUCAGUGAUGCCGUUUUUGUGCCUAAGAAAAUAAAAGCUAGUUGCUGUAACAUAUACAAGAAAGAGAUGUCCAAGGAAAGAAAGCCAAAUGGAAGCAAGUACACGGCUGAGGAAAUUAUUACUUCCUACAAUUCCUUGAGCCAUGUAGAGAAAGAGAGAUACAGUAAAAUAGCUGAAAAUGUCUCUACUCUUCAUGAACCCAGAAAUUUUGAAAUUAAGGAGGGUGUCAAGCAUGUUCUCAUGUGGUAUUUCAGAGCUUUAGGACUUCCUACUAAAUUAGCUCCAUAUCGAUCUGACACAGUUUACCCGGCAAUGAUAGCUACUACGCUAUCCCAAUAUGAAUAUGUUCUUAUAUGUGAUAAAUCCAACAUCCGAGUGUCUGGAUUACCACAUCUCGGCUUGAUGAAUGCAAUUUAUCUAGCAUUAGGCUAUGAGAGUUUGUUCUUGUUCUGGAAACCAGAUAACAGUCAUAAUUCAAGAAUAGGACAUCUUUCUGCAGGAGAGACAGCCCUAACGUUGUUAGACAUGCUUACACAAGAAAAGUUUAAUAAGACAUUCUUUGAGAGUACUGGUUUUACUAAAAUAUGGAGAAAUGGAACAGGAGAAGUAAGAGAAACUCUCCCUUGGAAAAAGCUUGCUAGUGCUCAGGGCACUAUUAGAGUUGUUGGGUGGCCAACAAGUGUGCCAAUUAUUUCACUCAGCUAUAUGACAAAAUCUCAGCUGAAGUUAUUGAUUGAUUCUCUUGAUAAAAGAUGUAUUCCUUUUUGCUGUUCUUUAGAGGGAUAUGUCUAA